AUGGAUGAAGACGAGAAAGAUUCCGCAAUGAUUCUGCGGCGAAAGAAAAUUAUCAUCGAAAUCAGUAUCAACACUGCUUCUCAAUGGUAUAUAUAA